AUGUCGUGGAUCAAAACUUACUUUAUUGAUCGUGUUGCUACUUAUUACGAUCGUGCUACAGAAGCAGCAGCUAUACCCUCUGUACUAUCGGCAUGGAUUGCUGUAAUAAGUUCAUGUUUUACGCUGGCUGUCAUGAUUGUUAUUGGUGGAGUCAUUGCUUUAUCAUUGAUGGCUUUAUAUUUACCAAAUAAAGGUGAUGGUUUAACCUUACGCAACGAAACAAAUGCAGGGAAAAUCAAUAUGGCAUUUGCUACUAACUUAGAGAGUAGUCAAACGUUUACAACGGGAGACUUCAGUUCCAUUGCGACAUCAAUUAAUCAGCUCCUUGGUUAUACAGGCGAACCAUUAGGUGUUAAAUCAGCUACACUUGGUGACAGUACGUCUGCGCGUACAAGUAAUACGAAAAGGAAACGGCAGACAAGUGCAUUAUCAUGUGAUGCGAACAAAGGCAAAAAUGGAACCAACUACAAUUCAGAAGAAAAAAAUUUCUUAAAACUUGAACUUUAUGUCCAUUGGUGUCCUAACACUCAUUGUAAAGCUCAACAUUGCAUCGAGAAGUGUAUCAAUGGCAUUAAAACUGAUAUUCAAAAUAAACUCGGGUCCAAUCCAUUUUCUUUCAGUAUUACCACACAAAGUGGCGAAGAAAUUCAGAAAGAUACUAACAGGAUCAUUGCGAUUUUGAUUCGAGUUUUGAGUUUCAAUGGCAUACUAUGGUGGACCUGUAGCGACGGUAUAAAGAAUGGUAUAGAGACGGACAUAGAUUGUGGUGGUUCGUGUGCGCCAAGUCAGCAAUGUGCCAAUGGUCGUAUGUGUAAUAUAUCUUCGGACUGUGUUAGUAGUGUGUGCGUGAACGGUAUUUGUUUACCAUCUCACUGUAAUAACGGCAUAAAGGAUUACACGGAAACUGGUUCCGAUUGCGGUGGUGAUUGUGUAUUGGGAAGAAAAUGCUAUGAUAGGUCUGCGUGCCAACAAAAUUCCGAUUGUGGCACCGGCGUGUGUGCAUCGAAUGUCUGCUUACCUGCCCAUUGUGCAAACGGUGUACUGGAUCUUACCGAAACAGCUAUAGACUGUGGUGGUGAUUGCGCACUAGGAAAAAAAUGUCUUGAUGGAGCACACUGUACUAUGUGCGCUGAUUGUGCCAGUGAUGUGUGCACAGCAAACUCUUGUCUCCCAAUCCAGUGUAAAAAUGGAGUCUUAGAUUCUGGCGAAACAGGUGUAGACUGUGGUGGAAUUUGCGCUGCAGGAAGAAAGUGUGCUGAUAGUUCAACUUGCACUACAAAUGCGGAUUGUACCAGUGCUCUCUGUGUCUCAAAUAUUUGUCUACCGAAUCAUUGUGGAGAUGGUAGCAAAAAUAACGACGAAACUGGUGUGGAUUGCGGCGGUCGCACAUGUGCCCCGUGUACAGAUGGUAGUUCCUGCAUUACUGGCAGCAUUUGUCCAAGUAAAAAUUGUGUAAACAGCAAGUGUCAAGUGGCAACUGGUAACGACGGGGUGAUGAACUUAGACGAAACCGAUGUGGAUUGCGGCGGCUCAAAUCCUACAAAAUGUAGCGUUGGUAAAAGAUGUAAACUUACAGCAGAUUGUGCCAAUGUGCAGUGCACCAAUGGUAUUUGUCCAAGUCCCUCGUGCAGCGAUGGUUUACAAAACAACGGUGAAACAGACGUUGACUGUGGUGGCAGUGGAUCAUGCCCGCGAUGUGCUAUCUCUCAGAAAUGCUCGGCUAGUACCGACUGUGCUAGUGCAAAGUGUGAUGGAAUCAAGUGUCUAGCUGCAGCAAACAACGACAACGUGAUGAAUGGAGAUGAGACUGACGUGGAUUGCGGUGGUUCAUCCGGUAACACGUGUGCCGUGAAUAAGAAAUGCAAGACUACGGCAGACUGCAAUAAUCUGUUGUGUGCUAAUGGCGUAUGUGAAAGUCCCUCGUGUAGCGACGGCCUACAAAACAACGGUGAAACGGACAUUGACUGUGGUGGCAGUGGAUCGUGCCCCCGCUGCGGUACCACUCAGAAAUGUUCUGCUAGUACUGACUGUGCUAGUGCGAACUGUGAUGGAGCCAAGUGUCUAGCCGCAGCAAACAACGACAACGUGAUGAACGGAGAUGAGACAGACGUGGAUUGUGGUGGUUCAUCCGCUAACAAGUGUGCCGUUAGUAAAAAAUGCAAAAUCACGACAGACUGUGCCAAUGUGGAAUGCACUAAUGGUGUUUGUCACAGCGCCACAUGUUAUGACGGUUUGAAGAACGCCGCAGAAACAGGCAUUGAUUGCGGUGGUGGAAUGUGUGAAUCAUGCGCUACACUUAGCACCUGUACAAGUAACAGCGAUUGUAUUAGUAAAAAUUGCGCAGGUCAAGUUUGUCAAGCACCUACCUGUAACGACAACAUACUCAAUGCAGACGAACUCGACAUAGACUGUGGCGGUAUCGUUUGCCCCCCGUGUGCCACAAAUAAACUCUGCAAACUGACAUCUGAUUGCAACAACGUACUCUGCACCAGUGGCGUAUGCAAAGCUGCCACGUGUUAUGAUGGCCUCCGGAACGGCCUUGAAACAGAUGUGGACUGCGGCGGCAGUGGAUCAUGCCCCCGAUGUGCGACCUCUCAGAAAUGCUCUGCUAGUACUGACUGUGCUAGUGCGAACUGUGAUGGAGCCAAGUGUCUAGCUGCAGCAAACAACGACAACGUGAUGAAUGGAGAUGAGACAGACGUGGAUUGCGGUGGUACAUCCGGAAACAAGUGUGCCGUGAAUAAGAACUGCAAAAUUACGACAGACUGCAACAAUAUGUUGUGUACUAAUGGCGUUUGUCAAAGUCCCUCGUGUACCGAUGGUCUGCAAAACAACGGUGAAACGGACAUUGACUGUGGUGGCAGUGGAUCAUGUGCCCGAUGUGGUACCUCUAAGAAGUGCGCUGCUAGUACUGACUGUGCUAGUACGAACUGUGAUGGAACCAAGUGUCUAGCUGCAGCAAACAACGACAACGUGAUGAACGGAGAUGAGACAGACGUGGAUUGCGGUGGUACAUCCGGAAAGAAGUGUGCCGUGAAUAAGAUCUGCAAAAUUACCGCAGAUUGCAAUAAUAUGUUGUGUGGUAAUGGCGUGUGUCAAAGUCCCUCGUGUACCGAUGGUCUGCAAAACAACGGUGAAACGGACAUUGACUGUGGUGGCAGUGGAUCAUGUGCCCGAUGUGGUACCUCUAAGAAGUGCGCUGCUAGUACCGACUGUGCUACACANCAGAUCAAACAGCGUUGCCGAGAACUGGAACAAAAUCUUAAAAAUGAACAGAAUCAAGUCCAACUACUUAAAAGUCACCGUCAAGCGGAAAUCCAAGCUGAAAAGGAUUUGAUGAUAACAACAUAUCAUAUACCGGGAACGGAAUAUGUUCAAUUGCAAGCGACCAUGGUUGAGAAUCAUCUGAAAACGUUGAAUUUUCUUGGUAAAACAGCAAUGCAUGAAAAGAAUAUUAAAAUUCAUUCGAAAACUCAUGAAACCAUUGACCAUCAUCAGAUUUGGACUUUAUAUGCGUAUCCUGUUCAUCAUAUCACUAUGAAUGGUAUACGUUCUCGGAUCGAACACUUUGUCACGCAAAUAGCGAGACAAAAGGAUUCCUAUCGAUAUCAAACUACAAAGAACAGUCGAAUUUUUAUUCAGACUAUUUCUAAUGUAAAACUACAGUGCAGUGCAAAGAAUUGGGAAAUCUUUUUAAGAGUUUUGCAAAAUCUAAUCAAGACAACUCAAGAUGAAUCUUGCAAACAGUUUAAUACCUUUAUAGGACGAAAGGCGAAAGAUUUUGCUGGUGAUGUCGUUCAUAAUACUACCGGCUGGCGAACAAAGAUGCGCUCAGAAAAGAAUACAUUUCUAACAAAUCAUGACUUCCUGAACUCAGUCGAAGACUUGAAAAGCAAAGCUCUUCAGGAAUUCACCAAUAAAAUCAAGGAAAGCUUUGCAUCAAACAAAGAUUAUACGAAACAUGCAAUCGACAUUCGAGACGCUCAUUUACGUAAGUUACACGGCUUACUCGUCGAUGAAGAAGUGUACCGUGGCCAUUCGCCUCAUCAGUUUUCGUUACUAUCGUCUUUAAUUCAUCGAAUUCAUCUUAUCUUUCAAUGUUUUCAAUUGAAAUUACCUUUGUUUCAAUCUUCUAUUGAAUUAAUUCAGAAAAUCAAGGAGAACACAGUCGUUGCUAUUUCUACCGCAACUGGAUCAGGUAAAUCAACUCUUAUUCCGCCUCUACUUGUCGCUAUGGGUUUUGACAAAAUCUUUGUUACGCAACCACGUCGUCUGCCAUGCACUCUCUUGUCACGACGGAUCAAUUCCAGCUUGGACUGUACUAAUCUAAGUGGCUGGACUGUAGCAGGCGCCCGUUCAAAAAACGUUUCACGUGCGCCCAUUGUUUAUAUAACUGAUGGAUUACUUAAAGAAUAUCUUCUGUAUCGAGAACAAUUUCUGAUUCAUCGAGCUAAAACGAGUAAACUAGGGCUCGUAUUUUUCAUCGAUGAAGUACACGAACGUUCGAUCAACAUUGAUCUUUGUCUCGGGUUAAUAGCACGAUUUCUCGACAAAAAUCCAUCGAUUCACCCCAAAAUCAGAGUAAUCAUUUCGUCAGCUACGCUUGACUCAUCUAUUGCACACAUCUUCAAACCAUUUCGAUUUCACGAAAUGAAACUGGAAACAUCUCUUCUACAUUCAGUCACUAUCAAGCCAGUGUGGACGGAGAAUAUGAUUGAAUUGAUUAGUCAAUUAAACGAAAAACUGGAAUUGAAUGAUCAGAUGCUUUGUUUUGUUAAAUCAACGUUUGAGGUAUUGCAACUGAUCAAACUGUUGAAGAUAGCAAAAGGUCUACAAGCUUUCCCGUUGGUUCAAUCUCAGUCAUCGAAUGAACAACAAAAACUUAUUGAAACGAAACGGAUCUUUUUUUCAACAACAGUCGCUGAAACAUCUUUGACUUUUCCUUCACUGAAGUUUGUCAUCGACACUGGAGUAGUUCACAUGCCUGUCUACGAUCCAUUGUCAGAUACAACUGAACUAAAAGAAUUAGAUGCAGCCGAAUCAACCAUUAAACAACGACAAGGACGACUUGGACGAACACGUCCUGGUGAAUAUUAUCCAUUAUAUACGUUCACUCCUUCUAAAAAGUUUCCUGUUCCACAAAUAUGUCAAACAGAAUUAGUGCAGAUCGAGUUUUCUCUGCAACGAUCUCCGUUGAAAUGCGGCUUGGAGCAAUUGAAAAAGUGGCUGCCAAGUCCACCCAGUGAUCAAGUCAUUGAAGCUGCUAAGAAACGCUUGAGAGAUCUCGAUGUUCUCGAUCGGCAUAACCAUUUUACAUCAAUUGGCUCGCUCAUAUCAACCUUACCUGAUUUUGGUAGUAUUGCAAUGAGUAAGGCAGUUUUAAGUGGUUUAGAGACAUACAACUGUGGUCGUGAUAUUAUUCGGCUAGCUGCCAUUUUAAGUGUAUUGAACACAUCGUCCGUUCUACGACAUAUUCCUUCUCAGUAUAUAAAAUCAGAAGGAGAUUUUAUGACUCUUCUCGCGGUAAUGGACGCAAUACUAGCUGAGAAACUUGUUCAACCACCACAUCUAUUCGAUGUCGACGAUGCUUGUAAACGAACCGGUCUCACAGUAAUCAGUCAUCAUAUCAGACGUGCUGUUAUUCGAUAUGAUUCAUUUCAAAAAUUCUUUUGCUUACCAGGAAAAUAUAGAGAUGUAUCGCAACGCUCUACGAAGGGUAAUUGGACUCCAAUUGCUUGUGCUCUGCUUGCUGGCUACUCUGAUAACGUGUAUCUAUCACUUGCCGAAAUUCAAGGCAAAAAACAUCGUUAUAUUCGUUAUACUGUUGCAAACAGUUCAUCAAAACAACAAAUUGCUGUUCUCGAUAAGUCAUCAAAACUUUCGCGACCUCUCAGAGACCAACCUCUUCCUUUGGUACUUGCCCGCGACAUCUUUGUGUCAACAGAUAUUCGCGAUCGAUCGAUUAUUUCAUUUCUUGGAGAGAUUCAACCAGAAUGGCUCGAUAGGAGUCUUGAGCGCGAUAUUACACUAGCUGACAAAGAAAUAAAGUUAUAUAAUGACGAAAUUAGGUAUAGUGAAGAUUUCCUCAAUAUCUCUCGUAAUAUUCUUUGCACUUUAAAUGGUAAAAAUUUGAAUCUCUCGGGAAACGCCAGUCAUGUACUUACGACCGAAUUACAUGUCCGCCGUCGUCUUGUACUGAAGCACACAACUUUACUUAUAUCGAAGGAUGAGACGAACAAAUCAUUAAAGCAAAAUGUCAAAGCGCUCAUUGAAUCAUUGCAUGUUUUCAAUCCUAUGAAAUGGCGUUGGAAAGCAGAAAAUCAAGUAAAAGUAAUCUUUCGAGACACUGACGAGCAUGGAGAAAUUAUUAUUAAAGCUCGGGACAAAGACUACGAAAAAGUACGAAAGGAGUUUGAUUCGUUUGUCCAAUGGCUAGAACCAUGUAUAGCAUUACAUUUGGAUAAUGGCAUGUAUCCUCGACGAUAUAUUGAUCCUCAAACGAAACAGACGGAAGCUGAUAUGGAGAGUCGUAUUAAGCAAGUUACGGAUGACACACUGACUUCAGUCGAUCUCUGGCCAAGCGUUCGUGGUUUAAAAGCAACGAGAGAAACACGAAUGGAAGUCGUGGCAUGGAUAGCAGUCUGUCUUUUUCGUUGUAAACUAGAAGGUGGCUUUGUUCGUGACUGGAUCGUUGCCAAUCAAUCAGCUCGACCUCCUGCGUCUGUUCUUCCUCAACAAUGGGUACAGUUCUCCCAUAAAAUCCCUGUCAUUGAUAAAGCGGUAAUUCCAUCUGACCUUGAUUGCCACUUGCCCUUGGAACACCCUUUCGAUAUCGAUCAAUUUCUCGACGAAAUUCACAAGUAUCAUAUACAAACAGAGGUUUUUCGACAAGAUUGGCGAUAUGUCCUACUGUUCGAUCGAAACUAUCCGACAGGUCCAUUCACUAUGGAUCUAAUCGAACCGCACGUGGCACUGACGCAGAAUCGGAUCGAUUUCGAUGUUAACAAUCUAUAUGUCAUACGUGGAUUCUGUGCAGAACUCGGUCAACGAGUUAAUCUUCGUGAUCCACCUUUCUCUAUUGAUCUCGAACAAAUCGUUGACAGUAUAAAGAACAAACGUUUUCGUGUACUACGUCCUGAUGAUACUAUAGUAGGAAAACGUAAACUUAAAAUGCUGGAACGUGGAUGGCAGAAAUUCGGCGAUGAUUUGAAUUAUAUUCCACCGCCUCAUAAAAAUCACAAAUUCGUCUUAGAUCCUCUACCAACAGCGUCUGAUUUGUACAAAAAGAUAGAAAACGAAAUGAAGCAAAUUUCCAAUGCUAAAGUGCUAUCCAUCGAACAAAUUCGAAAUACUGACGUCUUCAAUAUUUAUCAUGCAACGAAAGUACUGAUAACCGGUCAAUGUACAAAUGGAAUAAAUAAUGAACGUCAUCUGUUUCAUGGUACACCCACUGAUAAUGUUGAAAGUAUCAUGGAAAAAGGCUUUGAUGCACGUUACUUUUCUUCAAGUGGUUUAUACGGACGCGGUGCCUAUUUUGCUGACAAGACUACAAAAUCACAUCAGUAUACGCGAGCAUCGUUAACAGAUUCGAAUCGGAAAAUGUUUUAUUGUCUUGUUACUCUUGGGGAAAUAUGUAAUAGAUCAACUACUGAUGAUUCGUUGAGCUCUCCACCAGAGCACUAUCAUUCUAUAUGUGGCAUGGCCAAUCCUAGUGCGGUUGAAUACAUCGUUUAUCAAAGUGCUCAAGCUAUACCAUUUUUACUUAUUACUUAUCAAGUCUAA